CAGAGUCUCAGACCCCAACCCAGCACAGAGGAGAAAGGUUAAUAACAAGGCAUCAAACAUUAUCCUACAGAGACCUGACAGACGCAAGUGACUGACAAAAUGUAUUGCUGCAUGGGCCUGGUUACUGGCACAGUCAAUAUGGUGCAACGGAUGGACGUCUUCUAAUGACCUGAGGUUUCAACUGAGCACAGAAGCUCUAAGAGAGUCAUCAUGCAUAUAAGUGUGGACACAUGGGUCACUACUCUUCUCUGUUGUACUCUCUACAUUGUGUCUUGUGUGAGUCGUGUAUCUGGAUUCACUUAUGGGGUCUGUGAGUUACAUGACCCAGAAGAGUGCGGAGGACGUACCAAAUUUGCUUGCUACAAAAGAAGUCUUGAGCACGUGCCACCAAAAUUCCCACGAAACGUAACUGAUUUAGACAUUUCUCACAAUAACAUAAAAGAAAUAAAGAGAGGGAACUUCCAACAUCUUGCAAAUUUGAAAACCUUAAACAUUUCCUACAACUCAAUCUCUUAUGUUGAGAAAGGAGCUUUCAGAGACUUGAUUUCCUUAACAGAAUUGCGCCUGAACAGUAACCGUUUGACCAGAAUCACAAAAGAAUUCUUCCAAGGCCUGACCAAUCUAAAAGUGCUCCUCCUUGGCAAGAACAACAUUUCGACCAUCGAAAAUUCAUCAUUUUCUGUCUUCCACCACUUAAAGUGUGUGAAACUUUCUGACAAUAAGCUAACAGAUGUGAAACUAUUGCAACCCAUUUUCAGAAUACAAACACUGAAUGAAAUACAUAUAGCCUCCAAUAACGUCUCAAUUUUUCAGUCAAUUCAUGUUUCAAAUUCAUCCCUCGGACUUCAAAUACUGAAUUUAGCUGACAAUCCUCUAAACAUGUUCAGGAUUAGUGCAGAUAUUUUCCCCUAUCUCCAGGCAAUCAACCUGUCCAAUUGUUUUUCAAAUACAAGUUUAGAAUGGGACGUGCUGAAUACAAGUCUCUUUAGGAAUGUUAAGAGACUUGAUAUGUCUGGUGCUAGUGUCUCAUUAGAGCAAUUCAACACGAUACUGCAAACAUUUAAUAAUUCACUAGUUGAGUUAACAUUGAGCACUGUACCUCUUGCAAAAUCCCUUAUACAUUAUGCUUGUCAUAUUCCAACACUUACAAAGCUUACUUUGAGAUAUAACAACAUCAGUAGCUUAAAAAACACAGGGCUGGAGAGAUGCUGUCAAGUUAGGACACUGGAUCUGAGCCAUAAUAGACUUGCUGAUCUGGAAGAUGUCUUUGCAUCACUGACCAAACUUAAUAUUUUACAACUGGGUUAUAAUCAAUUUUCAUACAUUCCAAGUAUGAUACAAAAUCUAUCCAUGUUGGAAAACUUAGAUUUUGUAUUCAAUCACAUUGAAACAUUAGAUUGUUCCACCUUUAAACAUUUUAACAAUCUCAAAACUCUCCGCUUGUUUAAAAAUAAAAUUGAAGUUGUAAAAGACUGUGUUUUCCAAGAGCUGAUAAAUCUAAAACAACUGUACUUAGGAUCAAACUAUAUCAAUUUUUUAGAUGGAGCUUUCAAAAAUGGCCCUGCUACAUUGGAAUAUCUAGAACUAAAUGCAAACUCAUUGGCUUCUCUUAACACUGAUGACUUCAGAGGUUUAAAAUCACUCAGAACUCUGAUGUUAUAUGAUAAUAAAAUAGAUUCAAUUGAUGACGGGACUUUUGAUUCCUUAAUUAGCUUGAACACACUGGACUUGAAGCUGAACAAGAUAGGUGAUGACACACUCAGACCAACUGUAUUUUCAGGACUUUCAAAACUAUCAAAUCUGAAUUUACAGAAUAAUCACAUAUUAAAAGCUGAACAUUUUCAUAAGCCUCCUUUCUAUAAUUUAAAAUCUCUUCAAGUGCUUUUAGUUUUAUCUCCGCGUUAUCACAACAAUCAGUCUUUUGUGCCCUCUAAUUUUCUACAAAAUUUGAGAAAUUUGCGUGGCUUUUGGGCCCAGAAUGCUGGACUUAAAGAUUUGCAUGACGAUGUGUUCAAAGAUAACACCCAGAUCACACAACUAGGGCUAAAUGGAAAUUACCUCACAACUCUCUCUCCUAAUGUAUUCCUGCCCUUGCAAAAACUCUAUAAGCUUUAUUUAAAAGAAAAUCGUCUAAAAACCUUAGAUUUUCUUCUGAAAGCAAACUUACAUCACCUUAACUAUUUGCAGGUCAGCGAUAACCAAAUUUCAUCAAUCAAUGACACAAUUAUCACGUCCCUUCCUGGGUUAAGCCUACUUGAUAUGCAAGGAAACACCUUCACCUGUGACUGUAGCAAUGCAUGGCUCAUCAAAUGGGUGGAGGAAGGUAACAUCACACAAGUACUGGCUGCUAAUACAUACGAAUGCAACAGUCCUCCCAAUUUCAAACAAACAAAACUUUUACAUUUAGAUGUGCAUUCUUGUUCAGUAAACAUUGAGUUUUAUUGUUAUAUAUCCAGCAUUUCUCUUGUACUCCUGACCAUGAUCAUCUCUCUCAUGUAUAACUUCCUACGCUGGCAAAUAGUUUAUGGCUAUUACCUCUUCUUGGCAUUUCUCUAUGACAAUAAGAAGAACAAGCCAUUAGGUUUCCAGUAUGAUGCUUUUGUUUCCUACAACAAACAUGAUGAACUUUGGGUCACCAGUAAGUUGCUCCCCAAACUAGAGGGAGAACAGGGAUGGAGAUUAUGUCUGCACCACCGGGACUUCCAACCAGGGAAACCCAUCGUGGACAACAUCGUGGACGGCAUCUACAGCAGCCGCAAGACUAUCUGCAUCCUCAGCCAGCACUACCUGGAGAGUGAGUGGUGUUCCAGGGAAGUGCAGGUGGCCAGCUUCCGUCUGUUCGAUGAGAAAAAGGACGUUCUGAUCCUGGUGUUCCUGGAGGACAUUCCAGUCUACCGGCUGUCCCCGUACUACAGGAUGAGGGGCCUGGUGAAGAAACACACGUACCUCAGCUGGCCCAAAGUGGGACAGGACACUCGGAUCUUCUGGGAGAAACUAAGAGUUGCCCUUGGUGCCAGAAGGGGUUCUGAGGAGGAGAAUCUCCUCGGUGAUGUGCAGAAUGUCCUUUGAUCCUUAGCCAGUUAUGCUUUCAAACAUUCUGUCAAGAGAUUAUGCUAUAUGCAUUGAUGUAAAUGAUAAAAUCAUUGUUACAUCUUAACUAUUAUAAUUCAACACAACAGUUCUGGGUCAUUUCAACAUUUCAACAGCUUUUAAAAGUAAGAGCUUUUAGUUCAAAUACAUUCAUCAGCUAUUACAUGCUUCUUUGCUCAACGGGCUUGUUUAUGUUAUUUAUGUUAUCAUUUUACUGCUGUUCGACUCUUUUACUAAAUGAAUGCUGAUAUUGUUGAGUAAUUAACUUAAUGUAAAAAAUCAACAACUAACCAGCUCAAGAAAAUGUAAGUAUUAUUGCAUUCAAAUUUUAUAU